AUGCCCCCCCUCCUCGGCAAUAUACCUGUUGUUCCGCAAAUCGCUGCCCCCCUCGAUGGAAGUGGCAGCACUCCUCUAGGAAGUGCACGACGUCAACCAACGUCGGCAAGAUCAAACGGACAGUCGAUCACGGAAGAUGUCUCUGUACGGAAGAAGCUCGCCAUCAAUGAGGGUUCGUCGGUGACAGGGGAGCUCCCCGAGAUCCCUUCGACUAUGCUGGGCCCGAGGAGUGCCUCUGGUGAUCACAAUGGUAGGUCUAAAGGGGAGGAGGGGGAGGGCGAAAGGGCGCCCAUCAUUGAGAAGAAGGGAGGGGUGUACGUGGCACACGUUCACUCUAGCGCCUUACGCGGGCUGUGCUGCUGGCGUGAGCGCCCAGUGGACAGGAGGGGGAGUGCCUCGCAUGGCCGAGACUCGCCAAGGUGGCAACUCGUGGAGGCCCGCUACAAGGGAAACCUCGCCAGCAAGGAGCACCGAAGAGACGGAAGUGACGCUGGCAGCGCCAACGCUGUCUUCGAGGGCACGUCCUCGCCUGCCUCUUUCGAUGAGUUGUCUAAGGCUCGGUUCAAGAUGACAGCACGUUCAGUGCUCCUAGCCAGGGCGGUAGAGUCGUUUCUGUGGGGGGAGGAGCCGCUUCAUAUCGCCGACAAGAGAAAAAUUGGCUACGGUGUCAAAGGUGGCAGCGGUACCAAAAUUUCUCUUUCGCAGCGCUGGCGGGAGUACGAUCAACAGGCUCAGCUUUCCUUAGCAAGCGCAAAUCCACAGGCUUACUACGACGAAGUCACGGUGUGCGGAAACUGCAUGGAGAUAUGCCGCAAGCUUGAUUCCAUCCGAGCGUCGGGCUUUCCGGACCCUGCCGGUGCCGCUCUCGCUGGUGGUACGACCACCGCGGGUGCCACCUGGUCCAGCGGGGAUGCUCGCAGCUUGUCGGCCGAACCCGCUCUGCGACCGAGGUCUGAACCGCUCCCUGAGUGCAUCGCCGCGACAACAGGAAACGAAAGACGGCCGGGCACAGCGGCAACGGAACGCGAGGCUGGCGCCGCUACAAUGGCUGCGGAUAAUUCUCGUCCAGGACCGCCAGGAGAAGCGGUGAAUCCCGACGGAGACACAACCCAUGAAGGGAGAGAUGCAGUCGUGAUGGAAAGAGAUUCGAGAAGAGAUGCCGACUUGGAAGGUUCGCAGAUAGUGCGACCGAACGAGAAUAUUGAGAGUAGCAGCACCAGCUUGGAGGAGUCGACGCCCAAACGUUCUGGAGGUGAAGUUUCCACGAGUGCUGGACCAAAACCAGAGAAGGACGUCGACAUCAAAGGAGAAGGGAACGAAGAAACGGGGUUGGUAGGAGCGACUAGAACGGCGCCCUCUGGCAACGAAAAGGCUUCGCCCGUGCGCCUCGAGAAGCGAAACACUGCGAAAGCCACCAUGGAGCGUAUGUCAAGCGUUUACGGCGAGGGCACCAAAACGGGCGAGAGAAAUCAUGCAAAAUCAGGUGGCAGCAAUAAGGGCAAGAAGGGCACCAACAAGAAAACAGGCGGCGGUGGUGGCGCUGUCGGCGGUGAGUUACCUAAUGUGGCCACCAUCGCGCGCUUUGCCAUCGAGCGCGAGCGACUGGCGCGAGAGAUGGGGGUAGAUGAACUAGGCGGCCCUGCUACCCUAGGAGUUGUGAACUUUGGUACGACUGCAGCGGCACACGGGCGUCGGCAGAACAAGGGUCACCUCAACGACGAGGUCGGGGGUGUCGGGAGCAAGCGGGUCAAGAACCACCAGCAACGGAGGGGCAGGGGAGGUGGCGUCAAUGGUAGUAACGGAGUCGGAGACUACCGUAUCGGCGAGAAUACUGUUAAUCCUUUGCCUGCAGCAUCGGGAGCUUUGGCAGGUGAGAAAAUCGCCGGAGAAACGCUGCUGGACAGGCUGGAAAGCGUCGCCGAGGCCAAAAGUAUUGAGUCAGCCGGCGGCGUCCACGGUGGUGGCAGCCGUGCAGAAGAAUAUGUAAGACACGACGACUGGCGCCACAACGCCGAGGAAGAAUCAUCGCUUUUCAGCGAUCCCGCACGAAAUAAUGGACCACGAGUGGCCGGAGGAGAAGCAGCAUGGGACCCCGCCCCUCCCCCUUUGGCCGCAGAGCUUUCUACAACCGAGUCGGCGUUCUUGGAACGUUCCCGACGGCACGUUGGCCUCGACGGCGGAGGUGCAGCUGCGUCAGGGUUAGGAGGUGGCGAUGACUCCCUGUUUGGCAAUUACUUCGAGGCGGGCUUCCGGAACGAGAGCGGCGGCGUCGGUGGCAGCGGAAGCAGCGGCGGCGGUCGCGGCGAUGGGAGUGGCGGGGGGCAUGUCGCGACAAUAGGCGCACUGCGAGAUAGGCUUGCGAGCGUGGAGGGCGAGAACGCCGCACUGAGGGCGAGGGCCCGGAGAGCGGAAGAGGAGCGGGCGGCGGAAGCAGCCAGGGGUGACAGGGCUAGCAGAAAGCUGGCGCAGGCGCGAACGGAAUUUUCGCGGGCCAUGUCGGAGAAGGACGAGGAUUACCGCCGGAGGAAGCUGGCCUUAGAGGAGAGACACUCUCGAGAGCUUCUAAAACAAUCGCAGACUUCUGCCGAAGAGAUGAUGAUAGGGGUAUCGGGGUCAGGCGAAGACAGCGAGGGGUCGGGAGCCGGCCAGGGCGGUGACACGAAGGCUGUUGCACCGGGCGCGAUGAAACGCAAAUCUAGCAAGGCAAGCAAACGUCGUUCCUACUCCCGACCAACACUCCUCCAACAUUUGGACAUGGCCGAGCAGCAGCGCCGCUUUGCUCAGACCAAGAGAAAUCUACUCGCCGAGAAGACUAUGGAGGUAGCCGCAGCCGAGGCAAAGGGGCGGCGCGAGCUCCAAGAAGCUCGAACCUUGGCGGCGGCUAUGGAGGACAAAGCUUCUUCUCUACAGGAGCACGUGUCGGAAGCAGCGAAGAAAAUCUCGACCUUCAAGGCGAUGGAAGAGGAGCAGAGGAAGAGGCGUCAGUCCGCCGAAGAAGACACCGACAAGAUCAGGAAAUUUGACGAUUACAAGCAUCUGCGCGGGUGGGCUGUUGCGCUCCUGGAAAUAAGCGUGCUGCGUCAAACCGUGCAAGCGAGCCAGUCGGUGGACGUGGCAGACGAAUCCGGCGGGCGGCGCGACGCGCAGAGCACCUUGGCAGCCGUGACGGCCACCUCAGAGGCGAGGAUUCGUACCCUCAACAACAAGGCCGCGGCGGCAGACAAGGCUAGGGAGGCGGCCGUCGAGGAAGCGACUCUGCAAGACCAGCUUAGCGAUGCGCUGGGCGAUCUAUCCAUGGCUAGAAGGAGAGAAGAGGCACUAAAGGCGGAGGUUGCGGUGAUGGCUACCAAAUUGGAGGAUCGGGGGACGGAGCUCGCCAAAGCGCAGUCGAGAGCCGACGACCUCGCCGAAGCACGCGCUGCCGAUGCGGAGUCCUCCGCCGACCGGGCCGCUCGGGAGGCGGUGGUGCGCCGGCUGGACAACGAGCGGCAGUACCUCAAGAGCCAGCUUCAGACGGAGAUCACGUGCAAAGACGAACUCCGGGAGGCCCUUGCAAAGGCCACUCGACAGCUAGGAGACAUCAAGGUCAAGACGAAGGCGAUGGGCGAUCUCAACGCCGAAAAGGUGGCCAUGGAGGCCGAGCUCGUCGCGAUAACCCGACAGGUCGGGCUGCUCAAAGAGGGGUACUCCAAGGCCAGAGACAACCUCAGAGCGGAACAAUCGGCCCUUGAGACGGCUCGGACCGCCAACCGUCGUCUUCGGGAGGAGGUCAAAGCCUGCACCGAGGAGCUCGCUGCCAUCAAGACCCAGCAGGAAGAGGACGCCAGGAGACACAGCCAGAGCUUGGUCGCGGCGACGACUGCCCUCGACGAGGCCGUUGAGCAGCAGAUGCUGCUCCGUGGACAACUCCUUAAGACCGGGGAGGUCCAGCGUCAGCUCAUGGAGCUUCAGAACGAACUCGUAGUGCGAGAACGCGCUGCCGAACGCCUUCUUGCCGCCGAGCGCCUGGGGCAAGGGUUAACGCGGUGGUGCACCAAUAGAAAGGCGUCUGCCUUCUACCGCAUCGUGAGCGGGGUAGCCAUGGUGGCGGCCGAGAGUGACGUCAGAGAACGCACCCGAAGUGCUCUCAGGGAGGCCGGAGAGGGAGCGCGUAGGGCGCAGAAGGCGGCGGUCGAGGCAAGGGAUGCUCGAAGAGCGGUCAUGGUGAAGGCUGAAGAUGAACUCGCGGAGGCCGAGCGAGGCUUCGCCGAGGAGCGAGACAGGCUGCUGGAGGAAGCCGAAGCCGCGGCGGCGGUUUCCGCGACCCAGGUGCAAACCAUCGACGAGCUCAGGGCGCUCGAGACAGGAACGAGGCACCCCAACGAUCGUGUGAUUUCCCCGACCGUUCUUCUUCUCGUUAGGGCGGAUAUUAAGGAGAACUCCAAGAGGUACCGAGAGACGUCGGAACGAGCGGCACAGGAGGCGAAACUUCGAACCAAGGAGCGUGUUGAGGCGGCGGUCGCCAGCACCAAGGAAGCCUGCGAAAAAGCCAACGCCAAGGCGAAGGAAAAGUCGGACGAAAAGUGGCGGGGUGUGCUGCGCGAGGAGCUAAAAAAGGCAGAGGACGAGGCGGCGGCGGUGGCGGCUGCAGCCAGCAGGGAUCACGACGCGCUCCUAGAGGAAACCCAACAGGCGUUCCGCAUGGAGCGAGAACGCCUUCGCGAAGAAGCCGAGCGCCUGGCCUCGGCCGCCACCGAGGCCGAGCGACAGCGGGGCCUCAAGCUCUCGGCCGAGGCGAGGGCCGCCGGCGCCGCCGAAGCCGGCGCCGCUUUCGCGCUGACGCGGGAAAAAGACCUGGCGGAGGCCGAGCGAAAGCGAGAGGAGGCCUUGGAGGAGGCCGCCGGGCGCGCCAAGGAGGCGGAGGCACUGGCGCGCUCCGCGCAGAGGGAGGCGAAGAGGAGGUCGGAGGCGGAGGCGGCGGAAGAGAGGGGGAGGCUGGAGAGGGCGCUGGCGAAGGCGAGGGAGAGGGCGGUGGAGCUGGAGGGGGGCAAGUGGAAGAGGGCGUCGGAGGAGGCGGAGGCGCGCGCGGCCGCGGAGCAGGCGGCUGCGUACGAGCGAGGUACGGCGGACAGAGGGCGGCAAGCCGAGGCGGAAGCUUUGCAGCUGCAAGACGCAGCGGAGAAAGCCCUCGAGGAGGUGAAGCAGGGCGCCCGGACCACCAUCGACGAAAUGUCUGCUCGACAUUCUGAAGAACUCGAGGCGGAGAGAAAGCGGGUUUCCGACGAGGAGGCGGUUGCGAGGGAGGCGGCGCUGAAGGCCGCGGGUGAAGAGUUCUCGCAACAGCAAACGAAGGCCGUCGCCAAUGCAGCGCACACAACCAUAACGCCUGAUUGUAUCGCAAAGGCUCGGGCGGCCGCAACGGCGGAGGCGAGAGCGCGCGCCGAGCGGGAACGAGGUUUGGCGGUGAAAGCGGCUAAGGAGAGAGAACGCCUUGCCACGGAGAAAGUUCAGGACGAGCUUCGGAGUUCGAAGACGGAGUGGGCCGCGGAACGUAGGAGGCUAAAGGAGCAGAUCACGUUGCUGGAGGAGGCAGAACAGAAGGCUAAGGACAACCUUCUCCGGGCGAUGGCCAACAGCAGUCAGGCCACUCAAAAGGCUCGAGCGAGGUGGGAGGAGAGCCAAAAGUCGGCUAUGGAGAAGGCGGCGACGGAGGCGGUGGAGGAGCGAGAGAAGGCUCUCGAAGAUGCACGCAGGGCAUUCAACCGAGAAAAGAAGCGAGCCCUGCUGGAAAGCCAGGACGCCUUCACGGCCCAGGCGGAGGCCAUGGCGGAGAGAAUACGAAAACAAGCGAACGUUUCCCUGCAGAAGGUAUGA